GAUGUCAAAACGUGAUCCACUCAAGUCUAAUGUCCUUGGUUGUGAGUACAGCGUGAGCAGUCUCUCUCGUUUAACAAUCUCUGGACACUUGCUCUGGACGGUGAGAAAGUGGCGUCAAAUAUGGCGGAUGUUUCAGCGAAACGCCAACGAGAUCCCGAGGCAACAAAAGAAUUAUCUCAUCAAACCAAGACGGUGAAGACGGACUGUGAAAAUGGUCGGGGGGAGAGUGAAAACGAAACAAAUCUUCUGUCUGGUUUUCAAACCACCAUCGUGUUGAGUGAUUCUGCCAGGGAGAAAAAUAUCUUCGUCCACGGAAAGCUCGCCGAUCAGAACGCCGUGGUCAUCCUGGAGAAGACUCCCAUCAGGGAAGACGCCCUGGCUGACAUCUUCACCGCUUCCACUCUGAAGUUAGAAAUGAGGAAUGACAUCUACAGCACCUAUCGUCUCCAGGCUCCACCACACCUCAAUGAGAUCAAGGCGACCCUGGUGUGUCCAGCUACUGAGAAGCAUGUCAAUAAAUACCAGCGUCAGGAGAGUUUCCUGGUUGAGGAGACGGCAGAGGACUACCAGUCCAUCACUCUGCCUUACAUCCAGAAGCAGAGUUUUAGCGUGCAGUGGGUAUACAACAUAUUGGACAAGAAGGCAGAGUCCGAGCGGAUAAUGUUUGAAGAUCCAGACCCAGAGCUUGGUUUUGUGCUCCUUCCAGAUUUCAAAUGGGACCAGAAACAGCUGGAUGAUUUGUACUUAAUCGCCAUCACACAUCAGAAAAACAUCAAGAGUCUGAGAGACCUGACAUCGGAGCACUUACCGCUGCUUCAAAACAUCUUCCAGAAAGCAAAGGAGGCCAUUGUCAAGCAUUCCAGUCUCCCAGCCAGUAAGCUGAGAGUCUACCUGCACUACCAGCCGUCUUAUUACCACCUCCACGUCCACUUCACCAAGCUGGGCUAUGAGGCACCAGGCUGCGGGGUGGAGCGUGCACAUCUCCUCGCAGAUGUCAUCCAGAACCUCCAGACUGACCCCAAUUAUUACAAAACAAGGACUCUCUACUUCCCCCUGCGGGCAGACGAUGGGCUCCUCACUCGGUUUAAAGAAGCUGGGAGACUGUAAGGCGCUACAAUGUGGUGACUAGCCGGUUUUUGUCCACCCUCCUGAUUUGCUUUUUUAAUUUGGAUGUUUGUCACACUUAAAUGUUGCAGAUCAUCCCAAAAUGUUAAUGUUAGUCAAUGACAACACAACUGAAUACAAAAUGCUGUUUUUAAAUGAAACGUAUUAUGCAGCCCACUUUCUCUCACUUAAGAGCCAAGUACUUUUUAGCUGCAGACCAUUUUUGUAUGGAAAGUGUAUUUUUUGUGUGACAAGCUGAAUCUGUGCAUAAAUGAUUUAUGUACUUCUUUUCUACACGUGGAUUCUAAACAUCAGCUUUCAAAAUGAAACAGUCUGACUAAUGACUACGUAAAAAAAUCUUGUAGUUCUAAAUGUUAACUUCCACAUGAGGUCUGUGUUAAUGUUGACAUCCUGUAGUCAUCAGAAAAACUGCUGGAUGUAGUAUUUUUUAUGGAACAACAAUAAAAACGUUACAUGCAUGUAACAUUA